UGAAAUCCAUAGUCUUUGACUCGGGGCGCUCUGGGGAUCUGCUGCCCCGGCAUGGACGCCUCCGACGAAUCGAAGUGCAAGACGCCGACUGUGGUGAAGCUGAGGCCGAUCGAUGCGACUCCCUCAUCGUUCAAAGACUACGGUCAGGUCAUCGAGGCUUCACCGGAUGGCGACGAGUUCGGUCCUCAUGACGCUCAGUUAGACCUGAGCCGCGGAACUCCCAGGUUCUACAUUAUGCAUCUUGAAGAUCGUCCUCUAGGGUUUUCUAUGAUUACACACCAUGCAAGUGUGACCCAGUGCCUUGGGUCAAUUGGCGGUCAUGUUUGGUAUCUUGGCGUAGCUAAGCCAUCCAUUGUUCAUUCAAAUGAAGUCAAGGACGACAAUAGCCAGAGGGCUGUACCAUCACACUGUGGUCAUCUGUAUGUGCCUCCUGCUGUUGAGGAUGUCCAGGUUUUCAAGGUUUCUGGUUCCAAAUUUCUGAAGCUUAACCAAGGGACAUGGCAUGCUGGUCCUCUAUUUAAGGCAGAAACAAUGGACUUUUACAAUCUUGAACUAAGCAACACAAAUGUGAUUGAUCAUACAACACACAACUUCAUCAAGAACGAUGGUGUGGUCUUUUCAAUCGAUGAGUAAUUCUAUUGCUUUUUCUAGUUGCUUGCAGCAUUUUAACUAGCACUGCAAACUGCAUGUUGUUCAAUAAUACUACAUGAUUGUCUUAAAGAAAAAGAAUGAUACUAUGUUCAAUUUAAUAUUUAUUAUUUAAUUCCUAAUAUUAAUAUUAAUGUGUUAGCUAAAUACAUACUGUGAUGUAUUGUAUAGAGUUUAGAGUUUUGCAGAACAAGUUGUGCAUUAUAAUA